AUCGAGUCGGGCGAUGAGUCGACAGUCGCCACUGCUUAACAUGGUACCCUCACGCAACAGAUUCCUCACAAAUCCACUUCCUUACCCACUUACUUGACCGCUACCAAGUGUCUUGUUUCACGUUGUUCUAUAAGGUCAAAUUUGUGAAGACCUUAUUCUCUUUGCUGCUUGAAAGUAACUGUUUGCUGUGCAUCAACCGCACGACAUUCGUUGAUCAUCCAUUCCAAGACGUGUUCGGUACCCCAGAUCUACUUGCCGGCUACACCUUGUCGAUGGAAGCGACACCGGCGAUUGCGGCACCUCAGCAGCAGCACAUCCCGUCUAGAGAGCCAGCAACAUCCAAUCGCCACCGAGGUCGAGGUCAAGGGCGUGGCCGAGGCGGCUCUUCCUUACAUUUCCGGCCUGCAUCCGUCGUGCCAAACCAACAGCAUGUCCCGAAUGGCGCAGCACAUACGGACAGCUCUGCAGACGAAAGCGGGAGACCACAGCAGAAUCGAACCGUCAACGGACGUCAAUUCGGCGGGCAGCUGACGCAGGAACAAUCUUCGACACCCACGACUAACGCGAAUGCAACCCAUCUUCAGGCAGACGCAGUAGUGUUUGUCCCAGGACAAGCACCAGCGAAUACCGCCGCUCCAAGGCAACAGCAACCGAGGCAACCAAGACCGCCUCCGAAACGGCCACCAAAGUCACAGGCACCCGACAUCGCCACACGGACUCAUGAAGACAUUGACAACGGCUACUACGAGUGCGCAAUUUGCACCGUUGAGGUGCAGCGCAAGGCCAAAGUCUGGGCUUGCCACACGUGCUGGACCGUCUUUCACCUGAGCUGCAUCAAGAAAUGGUCCACGAACGAAGGCUCUACUGUCACUCGGCAGCAGGCUGAAGGAGAUGCAGCCCCGCCACGGCAAUGGCGCUGCCCAGGAUGCAACUUGCCGAAGGACGAACUGCCGUCGAACUACACUUGCUGGUGUGGCAAGGAGUUCGAGCCGCGGGCCCCAAGUGGUGUGCCGCCCCAUUCUUGUGGGCAGACUUGCGGCAGAGAGCGCGCACGAAAGUGCCCACACCCUUGUGAGCUUACAUGUCAUGCUGGACCAUGCCCGCCUUGCUCGCAUAUGGGACCUACUGUCAUGUGCUUUUGCGGCAAGCACGAGACUACGAAACGAUGCUCCGAGACCGACUACGAUGACGGAUGGAGUUGUGGGGAAGUUUGUGGUGAGGUGAUGCCUUGCGGUGAGCACACGCAUGAGGAAGCGUGCCAUGAGGGUCUUUGCGGUGCAUGCGAGGUGAGGGUACCAGCUCGAUGCUAUUGUGGACAGACGGAGAAGGCUUUGAUGUGCUGCGAUCGGGGCGAAGAAAUGGAGAGUCAUCGCUGUCACGUUGCCGGAGAUGAUGAACUGUUAACAGAGAGCUGGACUGGAGCUUUCGACUGUGGCAGCACAUGUGGACGGCCUUUUGACUGCGGUGUGCACGCAUGCGAGAAGGCUUGCCAUGUGCAGAACACGGAAGCCUCUCGCUGCCCGCAUUCACCGGAUCUUGUCACGCACUGCUCCUGCGGCAAGACUCCGCUCUCAGAUCUGACGGACAAAGCACGCGAGAGCUGCGAAGACCCAAUCCCUAGCUGUCGGCAGCCUUGCGGAAAGCUCUUGUCAUGUGGUCACAGAUGUCCUGCGAUUUGUCACACCGGCAACUGUCCGUCCUGCAGGCAGGUGAUAGACAUAAAGUGCAGGUGUGGAAGAACAUCAUCGAAGUCAAUUUGCCAUCAAGGACACGAGGAGCCGCCGCAAUGUAUGCGUGUAUGCCGCACAACGCUCAAUUGCGGGCGACACGCAUGCGACGAGCGAUGUUGCACCGGUGAAAAGAAAGCGGCAGAGCGGCAGAGUGUUAAAAGGAAGCAGCGACCACUGCACGCAGCGCCAAGGGCUGUCGAUGACGGCUUUGAGCCCGAGCACAUUUGCACUCGUCAAUGUGGGAAGCUGCUCAAGUGCGGCCAGCAUUACUGCGAAGAGCUCUGCCACAAAGGCGCAUGCGGAACCUGCAGAGAAGCCGUUUUCGACGAAGUGAGCUGCCAUUGCGGGCGUACGGUGCUGCAGCCACCUCUACCCUGCGGCACUAAGCCACCACCCUGCCGCUGGCCGUGUACGCGACCGAAGGCUUGUGGGCAUCCUCAAGUAGCGCACAACUGCCAUGAGGACAAUGAAGCAUGCCCGAAGUGCCCAUUUCUGGUUGAAAAGCAGUGCAUGUGCGGCAAGCACACCCUCAAGAAUCAGCCGUGUUGGCUGCAAGAUGUGCGAUGUGGCGGAGUUUGCGGGAAAAGGCUCCGGUGUGGCUAUCAUCAUUGCCGGCAGCUCUGCCAUAGGCCUGGUAGUUGCGAAGACGCAAACGGUCAGCCGUGCCAGCAGCCAUGCGGAAAACCGAAAAAGGUCUGUGGCCAUCCGGAUGAGAGCCUGUGCCACUCACCUUUUAGUUGCCAGGAGGACAAACCCUGCCUAAGCAAGAUGUUCAUCACCUGCGCUUGCCAAGCCCAGAAGCAGGAGGUGAGGUGCGGUGCAUCGAAGUCGAGCGAUGGUAACAUUAACAAGACUUUGCCCUGCAAUGAAGACUGCGCCAAAAUGGAACGGAAUCGGAAGCUGGCGUUAGCACUCAACAUCGACCAGUCCACGCAUGUGGAAGGAGGAGAUCAUGUGCCAUACUCAGUGGAGACGCUCAGCCUCUUCGCACAGAAGCCUAAAUGGGGACAAACCCAAGAGCGCGAGUUUAGAGUCUUCGCCACCUCGUCGGACGAGAAGAGACUUCGCUUCAAGCCAAUGAAAUCACAAGAGCGUGCCUUCAUCCACGCGUUGGCUGAAGACUUUGGGCUUGAUUCCGAAAGCAUGGACCCGGAGCCUCACCGGCAUGUGAUGGUCUGGAAGACGCCUCGCUUCGUCUCUGCGCCGAGCAAGACGUUGGCAGAGGCGUUGCGUAUCCGCAAAGCACAAACGUCGGCUGUUACCAGCGCGAACGGGUCCGACAACGAGGGCGCGUCAAAGGUGGUGAAGGCCAGCAAUACCACAGGCGAGCCGUACAACAGCUUUCUGAUCAGCAAUCCGCGGUUUGGACUGACGGUGGAUGAGCUGAGAAGCGAUCUCAAGGACGUCGUCCACCCGGGCUCCUCGUUGACUUUCGACAUCGAAUUCUUGCCAAGCGAGGAGGUGGUGCUGAAAAUCUCCAACCCUACAAUCACCGCUCAAAGUCUGCAACAAACAUUGUUGGGCCUCAGGCCUGCCGUCGCUGCGGUGGUUGCAAGCAAAGGCUAUGGCACGGCUCAGCUGUGCACCACAGACAGCUCGCUCAACAUUCUCCGGCGUGAGUCGGAUGAGCUUUCCGGAGACGGCUGGUCGAAGGUUGCUGCCAAGCGGGCGGCGCCGAAGAUCGUGACGCAGACUGGCGGAUUCCGUGGCAGUAAUAGCUUUGCAGCGCUGAGCGGCAACAAGGUCACCUUCGCGAAGAAAAAGCCGGAGAAAGCCGUGAAGCCGAAGAAGGAGGUCGUGGUGGACGAUUGGGAGGAGGCGGAGACAGUCGAGGAGGAGAAAGAGAGGAGGUCCCCUGGCAGUAUGCCAGAGCAGCGUGCUGACGACGUUGGAUCUUCGACAAUUGAAGUGAAGGCUUCGACUGUCACGGAACCGCAACCGAACGAACCGGUGGAAGCACUCGACUGGGCGGACCAAGUUGAGCAAUCCUUGUCAUAG